CAUUUCUUGCAGGAAUUUUCAGGUAAUCGUGUCGAGAUGCGCAGGUGUCCAUUUUUUAGGCCUUUGUUGGCAUCCUGUUGUUGAGUUGACGCUGCUGAUUAAUUUGGCCGUCAGGCGCGCGCAUCGUACGUACAAGCGUGCUUCCAAGCGUGCUUCCAUUUGCAGCACCUACGGCGCGCAGUUGGGGUGGAGACGUCAGCAUUAAUACAUGUAAAGUCGUUAUCAUUAAUUGAAAUUACAGGCCCCACAAAUACAAACGCAUUUCACGUGUUCAGUUAAAUUUGUGCCUUUCAAUGAUGUUUCAAUAACCCUAGGCCAGGGACCUGCAACACGCGGUCCGCAUGGCCUUUCAUUCGUGAGCCCGAGACCCCUGUUCUAGGCCGUAGAACCUAGACGCUGUCGAAAUCACAUCGCAUCUAGCAAGCAUAGCUAUCGUCAACCGUGCAGAAAGAAAAAGAAGAAAAUCUGUUUUAUGUCGGAUAAAUUUGCGGUUGAGUAGCAUUGCAUUUUCCUUUGUCAAACUAAUUAGCGAUUGAAAACGAGAAUUGCAGGCGUUGUGGCCACAUUGUAAUCAGCGGUCGACUGGUGGCUUGAGGACUCUGGAGAGCAUUAUAAAGUGUAAGGUGGCUGUCAGCAUGUCGUCAGCACAGCACUCGGACGACUUCUAUAGCCAGGGCAAGGCCUACUGGGAGACGAUUCCAGCCACUGUAGAUGGCAUGCUGGGCGGGUACUCGGAGAUCAGCAGCACAGACGUCCACUCGUCGAACCGGCUGCUCAAGCAGUUCCAAGAGAACAAGGCAGCUCCACUGGGCAGGCAGCGUGCACUGGACUGCGGUGCUGGCAUAGGCCGCAUCACCAAGCACUUGCUGUUGCCACUGUUUGACACCGUUGACAUGGUGGAACAGAACCAGGCCUUCUUGGACCAAGCACGAGCGUACAUCGGUCCUGAAUCGGAGCGCGUCGAAAACCUUUUCUGCGAAGGUCUGCAGGACUUUGCCCCCAAGGAAGGCUACUACGAUGUCAUCUGGUGCCAGUGGGUGACUGGACAUCUGACGGAUGCUGACCUGGUGUCGUUUGUGCAGCGAUGUCUCAGGGGCUUGCGUGAAAACGGCAUUUUUGUCAUCAAGGACAACAUCACGCAAGACAGCAUCGACGUCGACAACCGCGAUGGAAGCAUCACACGUCCCCGUGAGCUCAUCCUGCAGCUCUUUGAAAAAGCUGGCGCCCAAGUGCUUGCUGACCGCAAGCAGUAUCGUUUUCCCAAGGGCUUGUACGAAGUCAGGACGUUCGCCAUGAGGUGAUGGCACUGCACACUUGUCCAGUCAUGCCGUGGUGUCAUUCCCUGCUGGUUAUUUUUCUUCGCACGAGUUGCACAAAAUUAGUGGAAUGAUGCUGGCCGUGAUUGUUACUGCUGGUCACCUAAAAUACAACAGGCGGCUGACAGA